AUGUGUCUGACUCGAGGCCAGUCUAGCACUGUGCUCACCCGUCCAAUCCCCACACACACACACAUAAACAUACAGACAGACAGACAAGCAGACACAUACACACACAGGCAGACAGAGGUGCAAGAGGACAUAAACCAACGGUACCCAAGACUCGACUUGGUGCUCGAGUCGCCUCGGAUCCGGCGGGUUCGGCAGUCGUCUUCGGCUGAUCCGGUUCGGCUCGAUGAACAGUCAGAUCCGAGGCUAUCGGACGACCCGAAAGUGACCACCUCGACUGGACAGGAGCGCAAUCAGCGCUGGAGGAGUGAGGAGACGCGACUCGACUCGACUCGACUCGAUUCGAGGUCCGUCGAAUUUGCUGUCUCCAGGGCCGGGAUGCGGCACCGCCCCCGAGACGAGGCCGACUGGCCUCGUCUCCUCUUUGUGCCGCUUCUCCUGCUCAUCGCUGUCGGUCCGAGGGGUUGCCGUCUCCAGGCACCGGCGAACCACGACCAGACCGGUCGACUCGUCCGCUAUGAUGCGCUCUACCAGGGCGGACAAGCCGGCACUCGGACGGCCGAGUUCAACACGCAUCUGCUCACGAACCCAGGCCUUGGAGACGGUAUGCCGCAUGGCCUUAAGCGUGUCCUGAAGCCCCCGAAACCGGGCAAGCCGGGUCUGAGUCCGAGUCCGGGUCCGGGUCCGGGAUCGGCGCCACUUCUGCCCAGCAUG